AUGGACGGUUAUCUUCCUAACCUUACCAGGGAGAGUUUAAACAUCCCUACGAGAGGGAUUUCCGGUCAAAACCAAUGGCGGACGGUGCGUCGUGUUUGCAACACUGCGAGCUCUCACGAUGGUUAUAAAAAAAUGCUUGAGGGUGUUCGAAGGCAAUUCCUUGAACCAGCAUAUCAGGUGCCGGUAUCACGACUACCUGAUGUUCCGGUACCAUGCCGCCCGCCGCCCUCCUCUUCCUCUCCCGGUCGUUUCUCGCGGAACCUUCAGUACACUGUGAAGGAUCGAAAAAUUGUGAAGAAGGAGGAGGAAGAUAUAUGCAGCCCCUCACUGGAAGCACUGGAGGAAAAUGGACGGCAGCACAUCAUUGUGAAUGAAGUUUGGGAGCGGCAGGUUUUGAAGCAGAUGAUGAUUGUCCGUUAUGUUACAUUUGUGCUCCGGGAUGAGAUACGCGACUUGGAGCUUGUUGAACGAGAGCAGCGUGGCACCAUCGCCUUUGAGGAGGAGAAGGAGCGCUAUUGGUUGCAACAUGAAUCUGAUGCGAGCGUUCAACUCCGUGAAUACAAGUUGGCACUUUCAGCUAAGAGGGAAAAGCAGAAGAGACUACAAGAGAACGAGGCGUUGUAUCGUGCUCGAUCGUCAAGUUCUCCGUUUCCCAUGAAUGAAUUCAAGAUGGAACCUGAUGCCCAGAAAAUCCUUCAGGAGUAUCUAAAGAUGAAACAUCUUGCAGACGACGGUGAAGGCCAGCCUCAAGAAUGCCCCCAUCCCCCACUCCGGAGGUCGCCGCAGCAGCAGCGAUCAGCUGAGCGCUACAGGCGAUUGAUAGGUAAAGUUUCCAGUCACAAUAACCCACCAGUGGUUCGUGUGCAACCACUCAGUAACGUAUGCAAUACCUUGGGUAUUGCAGCUUAUAUGGGUCUUCUGGAGAAAGACUCGGAGAGCCGUAAAAUGAUUGAGGAGCGUGAGGAGGAGGAGUACAAACGCAUCAUGGAGCAUUUUGAGGAGCAGUCCUCUCUACUGCUGACGUGGAAGCACAAACGCCUGCACUUGGAGCGGCUUAUUUAUUGGAAAGCUCAGAGUGAGGAGCGCCGGCAAAAGGAGCAACUCAGGAUUGAAAUGGAGGUGCUGAGGCCUCGAAAGCAGAUGGCAAUGCCGCACGAGGAGUUGGCGGCGCAGGAGGAAGAAUUCCGUAAUAUGCUCGGAGCUGAAGAAGGCACGCGGCGUGGGGAUUUGUUGCAGCUGCACAACGAAUACUUCAUGCGCACAAAGGCAAAGGCAUUAGGCAAUGAGGAAAUGAAUCUGCGGGCCCAUAUUCUUCAAGAAGAUAUUGGGGUCCGAAAGCUUCUCGUCCAGGGCCUGGAAAUUAUAUUGCGGCAGGGUAUUUGCAAGGAAUGGGAGCAGAAUGUUGUGAUGCUUGUGCCUGAGCAGAUUCAGGCGCUGGCGAAACUAAAUCGAGAAUGGAUUGAGCACGAGAAGCAGAUUCUAACGAUCCAGAGGGCAGUACGUAGCUUUCGCGCCGGUCGACUCGGGUGGCGUAUCACCCAUUCUGAAAUCGGUCGCAUUAUACAAAAGAAGCGCGAUAUCGCAAAGAUUGAUCGCGGCAAAAAGUCACUUUGCGAGUACAAGAAUUAUCUUGCCUCGGAGUUCGCCGCCGUCGAAGAGGAAGUACGCACACUUCAUGCUAAUGAACGUAAUAAAUUGUUUGAUGUAGAGUACAACAGCCGAACGAUCGUGUAUACUGAGGAGGAAUGGAAUCGGGGCGUGCUGCGGCGUACCGAGCGACAGGAUCUAUACGACAGCGUGAUAGUUCCACUUGUAACAAACUGUUUCUCCGCUGAGUUAGACGCCCGCCGUGAAAUUGAUGUUGAAGAGGAAUUCGUUCGCGGAAGGAUGUGCAAUUUUUUCAACCGCCUCAGUAACAUCAUCCGGACAAAGACGUACGUUCUGGGGCGUGAGGUGGAAGGACGUGCCGCCAUCGAAAAGGAUGAAAACAAUUUUUUUUUUUCAAUCCUCUGCAUGGAGCUAGACGACCGCGAUUUGGUUCGCAUAAUGAUGAAAGAAAUCCAAGCACAAAAGGAAGAAGAGCUGUUCGCGCAGGCGUUGGUUCUGCUUGAGUCGCGGAAAGAGGAGGAGAUGUACAUGUACGCACGCCUUACUAGACUUCAUUAUGAAUUCAAACGUGAAAAACUGGAGAUUGAAGCUUUGGACCCAAAUCCUCGGGCAUUAAUUGCUCACACUUUUUUGAACACUGCACUCUGUUUUUUCUGUGACGAAUCGGUUAAGUUUCUUGAAAACUAUGGGUCGCUUCUGGUAGAGCAACAUUCUGAAAUUGUAUAUUUGUGCUGCGUUGCGAUUACGGAGGAAAGGGAGGAGGAAGCUCGCCACCUCCUUGAGCGGUUGGAGAGUCGUGCAUGGCCCGAAAUAACUGAUUGUGCUCACCGGGAAAUGAGUUCAAAACUUAGAAAGGAACUCCGAAAUAUAGGAGCCGCUAGCCGAAUAAAAAUUUUCUAUAGGAAAUACCGGAAUGGUGAUGUAGGAAGGUCAGGCAUGCGGAAGCACCUUCGCGAAGCCUUUCGCGUAAUGCGAGAGAAGGCAGAGCUGAAGGAGGUUUUUGACAGGCAGCGCAUUGACGUUCAGGAGUGCAGGCACAACCUCCGUGAUGCGGUCGCGAUACAAUCCUACUACACAUACAGACGUAUUGCUCUUGAGCUUAGUGUAGUCGAGAAUAGAGCAGAACCCCGCGGUCGCUCAGAGUUGGAGGGUCAGGAAGAGAUGAUGUUCAAAAUGAUUUUAAACUACUUUGAACCCCCUGCUGUCCCCAUGGUAGAUGCAGUAACAAUAUUGUUGCACAGUGAGUCGCAUGGUCGUAUACGAAUCAAAAAAGAGUGGCAGAAGGCUAUUGAAAACGAUUUUACAAGAAGAAAAGAGUGGUUUGAGAAGGAUGUGUUGGCGAUCAUAACGCUGAGGAAGUGGCAAAAGUUUGCUGCAGUGAAGCGCAAGAGGACUUUCAUAAAGGCCGAGCUAGAAAAGCUGGUUCUAUCUGAACUUACACAGCGUCAUGAAUUAGAGUUAAACGAGACGAAUGAGCGAUUUAUCGAUAUCGUUAAACCCAUGGAGUACACCACACAUCACCAAGCGUAUCUGGAUCAAGAUGUGCCGCGUUUCUUAAACGAGAUGUGCUUCGAUAUUGGUUUCCACCUUGGAAUAAAAGAGGAAGAGUGGCAAAACCGCAUGCUUUUGCUAUGGAGGAUGCGUAACAGUUACCACGAGAAAGAGCUGGAAACUGAAGAAUUUGCUACCCGCGCCGCCCUACAACAGAGCAGUUUCUACGACGGUGUUGACUUAAUUGAGGUUGUUUGCGACGAAAGUAUCUUGCGAGCAGCACUCUGUGAUGAGCGUAGAUACUUCUUGAUGCGAAUACUGGCAAGGUUGGAAAGAGCUUCACGUGGGGAUAUUAUCCACAGCUACGACAUCCACUCGCUAUGGAUGCACGAAUAUACAUGCAGAAAGGAACUCUACGUUGAAUACAUAUAUUCUCUCCACCAUAUUGCCCCGGAAAAGAACACAAUACAACAUACAAAGUGUUUGCUCAUCGAUGCUGAAAUAUCACACACCACAGAAGCAGAAGAAAGCUACGAAAAGUCUACAAAUCACCAACCGCUCAACGACAAUGCAGAGGACAAUAAUAUAACAUCCUCAGCAAAUAUAGUUGAUCAAACAAACGCCACCCCUCAGGGACCAAUAGUUGACCAACCUGCAGAAGAUCUCACCAAGGCUGAGGAGCUUGAUGAACCUGUUGCUGAUACUGAAGUAGCUGAGAAGGAGCCUACUGAUUCUGAGGUGAUCCCUGAAAAGGAAAUUCCAGACACUGAAGCUGCGGCUGAGCAACCUGCAGAAGAUCUCACCAAGGCUGAGGAGCUUGAUGAACCUGUUGCUGACACUGAAGUAGCUGAGAAGGAACCUACUGAUUCUGAGGUGAUCCUUGAAAAGCAAAUUCCAGACACUGAAGCUGCGGCUGAGCAACCUGCAGAAGAUCUCACCAAGGCUGAGGAGCUUGAUGAACCUGUUGCUGACACUGAAGUAGCUGAGAAGGAGCCUACUGAUUCUGAGGUGAUCCCUGAAAAGGAAAUUCCAGACACUGAAGCUGCGGCUGAGCAACCUGCAGAAGAUCUCACCAAGGCUGAGGAGCUUGAUGAACCUGUUGCUGACACUGAAGUAGCUGAGAAGGAACCUACUGAUUCUGAGGUGAUCCCUGAAAAGCAAAUUCCAGACACUGAAGCUGCGGCUGAGCAACCUGCAGAAGAUCUCACCAAGGCUGAGGAGCUUGAUGAACCUGUUGCUGACACUGAAGUAGCUGAGAAGGAACCUACUGAUUCUGAGGUGAUCCCUGAAAAGGAAAUUCCAGACACUGAAGCUGCGGCUGAGCAACCUGCAGAAGAUCUCACCAAGGCUGGGGAGCUUGAUGAACCUGUUGCUGACACUGAAGUAGCUGAGAAGGAACCUACUGAUUCUGAGGUGAUCCCUGAAAAGGAAAUUCCAGACACUGAAGCUGCGGCUGAGCAACCUGCAGAAGAUCUCACCAAGGCUGAGGAGCUUGAUGAACCUGUUGCUGACACUGAAGUAGCUGAGAAGGAGCCUACUGAUUCUGAGGUGAUCCUUGAAAAGGAAAUUCCAGACGCUGAAGCUGCGGCUGAACAACCUGCAGAAGAUCUCACCAAGGCUGAGGAGCUUGAUGAACCUGUUGCUGACACUGAAGUAGCUGAGAAGGAACCUACUGAUUCUGAGGUGAUCCUUGAAAAGGAAAUUCCAGACACUGAAGCUGCGGCUGAGCAACCUGCAGAAGAUCUCACCAAGGCUGAGGAGCUUGAUGAACCUGCUGCUGACACUGAAGUAGCUGAGAAGGAACCUACUGAUUCUGAGGUGAUCCCUGAAAAGCAAAUUCCAGACACUGAAGCUGCGGCUGAGCAACCUGCAGAAGAUCUCACCAAGGCUGAGGAGCUUGAUGAACCUGUUGCUGACACUGAAGUAGCUGAGAAGGAGCCUACUGAUUCUGAGGUGAUCCCUGAAAAGGAAAUUCCAGACACUGAAGCUGCGGCUGAGCAACCUGCAGAAGAUCUCACCAAGGCUGAGGAGCUUGAUGAACCUGUUGCUGACACUGAAGUAGCUGGGAAGGAACCUACUGAUUCUGAGGUGAUCCCUGAAAAGGAAAUUCCAGACACUGAAGCUGCGGCUGAACAACCUGCAGAAGAUCUCACCAAGGCUGAGGAGCUUGAUGAACCUGUUGCUGACACUGAAGUAGCUGAGAAGGAACCUACUGAUUCUGAGGUGAUCCCUGAAAAGGAAAUUCCAGACACUGAAGCUGCGGCUGAACAACCUGCAGAAGAUCUCACCAAGGCUGAGGAGCUUGAUGAACCUGUUGCUGACACUGAAGUAGCUGAGAAGGAGCCUACUGAUUCUGAGGUGAUCCCUGAAAAGCAAAUUCCAGACACUGAAGCUGCGGCUGAGCAACCUGCAGAAGAUCUCACCAAGGCUGAGGAGCUUGAUGAACCUGUUGCUGACACUGAAGUAGCUGAGAAGGAGCCUACUGAUUCUGAGGUGAUCCCUGAAAAGGAAAUUCCAGACACUGAAGCUGCGGCUGAACAACCUGCAGAAGAUCUCACCAAGGCUGAGGAGCUUGAUGAACCUGCUGCUGACACUGAAGUAGCUGGGAAGGAACCUACUGAUUCUGAGGUGAUCCCUGAAAAGGAAAUUCCAGACACUGAAGCUGCGGCUGAACAACCUGCAGAAGAUCUCACCAAGGCUGAGGAGCUUGAUGAACCUGUUGCUGACACUGAAGUAGCUGAGAAGGAACCUACUGAUUCUGAGGUGAUCCCUGAAAAGGAAAUUCCAGACACUGAAGCUGCGGCUGAGCAACCUGCAGAAGAUCUCACCAAGGCUGAGGAGCUUGAUGAACCUGUUGCUGACACUGAAGUAGCUGAGAAGGAGCCUACUGAUUCUGAGGUGAUCCUUGAAAAGGAAAUUCCAGACACUGAAGCUGCGGCUGAACAACCUGCAGAAGAUCUCACCAAGGCUGAGGAGCUUGAUGAACCUGUUGCUGACACUGAAGUAGCUGAGAAGGAGCCUACUGAUUCUGAGGUGAUCCCUGAAAAGCAAAUUCCAGACACUGAAGCUGCGGCUGAACAACCUGCAGAAGAUCUCACCAAGGCUGAGGAGCUUGAUGAACCUGUUGCUGACACUGAAGUAGCUGAGAAGGAACCUACUGAUUCUGAGGUGAUCCCUGAAAAGCAAAUUCCAGACACUGAAGCUGCGGCUGAGCAACCUGCAGAAGAUCUCACCAAGGCUGAGGAGCUUGAUGAACCUGCUGCUGAUGCUGAAGUAGCUGAAAUGUAG